AUGCUAGUUCAAAAAUUGAAUGCUAGGGAAAUUUUUUAAGCAUCUACUACUAGCAAGCAUUUUCCUAGGCACAAAAAGUGAGUGACAGCUCUUCUUCCUGAGUCAUUUGUGGACAUAGGAAUAAUUUUAAUAUUCUCUGGUAAGAACAAUCAUAGUUUCUUUGAGAACACUGGAGGGAGCUCAGCCUAGAGGUGUGUGUGUGUGUGUGUGUGUGUGUGUGUGUGUGUGUGUGUGUGUGUGUGUUAGUGAAAGGAGGUUGAGAGGUAGCGAGAGGAUUGUUCAUGGACAGAGCAAUCCUUCCUGGAGAAGAUAAUGUAUUUAACUCACAACUGUUGUGAUUAAAAGAAAAAAGCAAGUUUUUAAAAAAAGUCAUAUUCAAUUACUUAAUUAGGUCUUAGGAAAAGUUUAAUACCUCUUAAAAUCAGCUUUCCUUUUUAUGUCACGAAGAAAAAGAGGUUUAGACUUGUCAUAUAGGGCCCAUCUUAAUCUUGUUCCAGCCUGUAUUCUAUCCUCAUCUUUCCAUUGUCCCAUACUUAUUAGUCAUAUAAAAUUAUUCAUGCAUUAAAACUCCCUCUGGAGUCUCUUAUAACUAAACUUGUCCUUGUAGAAAUUUGGAAGCUUUGCCUACAUGUUGUUAAGAGGUUCUCUGUGUAUGAGGCGUCCUUCUGCUGCUGUGAACCUGCAUUUACCCAGGUGGUCUCUUCUGUUACAACUCAGUGCAUACCUUUUGGGGGCUGGAGAAAUCAGAGUCAGGACUCCUAUAAAGAUGAAGAUGUACUUUACCUGAAAUUAUCAUGAUAACACUGUUUCCUGUGCUGUAUUCUUCUACAAAGUAAGCCUGGAGCCAGGUUAUGGACUAUGUUGUACCAUGAGUGUAAAUGUCGUGUUAAACCCAAGACCAUAGAUGGUUAUGUGGAGUGGGUGUUAUGAUAUUGUACCUUCAUACCUACAGGCCUUGCACAUGCUAUUCCUUUUCACUACUUCAUGUGAAUUUUAUUUUCCCAAAAUCUAACUCAGAUGUCACCACCUUUGCAUCUGCUCAAACAGAAUGAUUCAUUCUCUCUCCUGCUGUCUUAUAACAAUCUGUAUGUCCCUAUCUAAUUGCUUUUAUUACAUUAUUUGUGUACAUGUUUUUUUCUUUUGACUGCGAGCUCCUUAAAUAUUUUUGACUGUGAGCUCCUGGAAAUAUUUUCUGUUUCCUGUAUUAAGUAAGUAUAUUAGUAGCACAUAGUAAACAUUUUAGAAAAUUUUAGUGAAUCAAUAAAUGAUCCUCAACUGACUUGGAAUUAGGUAUGGAUGAAGAAACCUGUACUUAUCUCUAAAGUGUGGAGCUUUAUGUUUAGUUCUUAUAUGCUUAUGAUUUGGGGACAUUUCUUGAAGCGUAACAAGGUUCAAGGAUCAUCAUAUGAGAUUUUGAAAUAUUUCCUUAAAAGAAGUUUUUUUAAAAACUCAAGGAAUAUUUUUUUCUGGGUACUUAAAAAUGAGAGAGAUCAUCUGUUUCAUCUGUAGGUAAAAAAUUCAAAAUUCUUAGUAAGACUUUCAAGGUAUUCCAUAAUCCAUCUAUAUAUUAAGCUUGUCAGACUUCAUUUCCAAUCUAUUUAUUGUAUGGGCCUAUCCUGCUCCAGUAAAUGACUUUCUAUUUUCUGUAUAAACAGUAUACUUUUCCACCUUAUUGAUCAUGUCCAGGAAUUUCUUUCCUAACUCUUAAUCCUUCCCAUUAACCAUCCCCACUGAAAUGCCAACCAGGCCAUUUAAGGCCCAGCUGAGAUAAACUCUUUCCAUUUUUUCCAGUUGGACUUAAUCUCAGGUUUCCAUGGCACAAAUUUAUGGCAGUUAUCACCUACUUAUUUGUACCCUACUUCUUUGUACCCUACAGUUAGUCUAAGAAUGGUGUAGUUAAAAGUUACAAUUACAUCAAUGUCAACCUAAAAUGAAUUUAUAAAAUGAUGACCCUAUUUAGAAACACAUGAAGCCAGAGACUUUUUUAUACUUUUGUUUUUUAAAGAACAAGUACAUACCAGUUUCUGAAAUUUUACAAACUAUUUUAUAGAACAUAAUGUUUUUGAAAUUCUUAUGUAAAUUCUCUAUGUAUAAUAUAAAUUUGGGAAAAUUUAUUUCAUUCUGGAGCUUGAACAAAAGAGAAUUCCAAAGCUUGAAACCUCUUUAGACUUUAUGAACAUUUUUAAUACAGACAACUAGUAUGCAAUACAUUAGUUUCCAAAAAAUUUUCAUAUUUUGUGUUUUUAUAAUUUCAGAAUAUUAGAGGAAUACAAACACUUUGGUUACAUAUUUUGCAAUUCUUACCAACGACCCUGUAAUAUAGGCAGAGAUCAUCAUACCUAAUUUCUUUGGUGAGUAAAGCAGCUAAAAGAGUUUAGGUGAUUUACCAAAAUCAAACAUUAAAUAGUACAACCAUGAUUUGAGUCCAGGUUUUCUCAAUGUAAGUACAGACCUGUUUCCAGAUUACUAUGAUUCUCAGAAGGUUUUUCAGCAUUAUGAACAAGGCCAUCAAAAAGAGAAAUAUCCAACUAAUAUUUGUUACCUAAAAGUUCUCCCUUGUUCUGAAUUGUCAACAUGAAGCUUUUCUUAAGACUUUAAAUUUUGGCUUAGCUAACAAAAUUUUUCGGCUUUUUUCUCCCACUCAUACAAUAAAGUUUGGCACAUAAAUUUCUGAUAAAUUCACCAAUAUUUUGUAAAUGCAACUAUGUAUAUGUAUUUAACAGUCAUUUAGAUUUGUUAGCUUUUAUAAGGGCUGAAAAUGUGGUUUAUUUGAGGCUCUAUUGAAAACUACACUUGAUAUGUUUUUCCUAAAGCAUAAGAUAACAUUGAAGAUGAUUUUGCUAACAUGAUUAGUUCAGGAUUCUCAAGAGAAAUGUGGUUUAGAUCUUUAUAAAACAUUUUUUUCAGAGAACGUCCCCAAAGAUACAUGAAAUAAAAUAUUAAUUCAUUGCUAUUUGAUAGUAAAUUCUGGCUUCCACAGAGAUUGUGACUAACUUAAUUGCUUUCUACUAGGUUUAUUUGGUAACUAUCCUUGUAUAGAAAAUUUCAUCUGUUCCUAUGGUUGUGGAGGAAAUCCUUUCUUGGUUAAGAGUUGCUCAUGUAGAGAAACACACUGGCUGUCACAUUUGAGAGCAAAUUAAACAACACAGUUAAGAUCACGUAGCUAUUAUUUAUAUUAAGUGCUUUAUAUGUUCCAGGCAGUAUUCUAAGCAAUAUGAGGAUUAAAUUAGUUAAUUGGCUGUUUUAAUCCUCACAACAGCACUACCAUGUGUUUGUUUUACUAUUUCUAUCCCAUUUUAUUGGUAAGGAAGGAGAAAGUAAGUGGCUAUAGUGAAAGAUUUUAAAAUUUUCUACCAAGGAGGGAAAUUUACAGGACAGUAGCUUUGUUACGAGAACUGAUUUUGUUUUGUAUAUAUAGCUCUGUAUUACUAAAGUAGGUAGAUAUAGUCAGUCUGGACAUUUUAUGUGUAUACAUCUUAGCCCCUAGGAGAAGCUAGAGAACAUACCAAUCUACCAGGUUCAACUAAUAAAUUCAGAAAAGUUGGAAAAAUCAGUGAGUUAUACGUGAAAUGUAUUAUUCCUGAAUGGACUGCUUGUUAAAGGCAAGGAGAGUGUUAAGAAAGAGCUUAGCUAGCUAGAUUAAAGAAAUUGUCUCUCUCCAUCUGCUCUAAUUAGCUUAUCUCACCAGCUUUUACAGCAUGCUGGUUAUUUCAGAAAAGAAGGGAGAGCUACUUUGAAAGGACAACGGUUUUCUUUAUGCUAAUUUAUAAUGGUUUUGGAGUGGUUGUCCAUUCUUAAACUUUUAAAUGUUAGGACUUUCCUGUAAGGAUUUGUUAUUGGAAGUUUUAAGGCUUUGCACGCUCAAUUAAGGAUUUCAUCCUCUCCUCAUUCCUUUUGUUUUGGCCCCAAUGAUUAUGUUUCCUCUUUUUAGGAAGAUUUCUCUGGGUAUUUUGAUACUUUUCCUGAUAGAAGGAAACCUUCCAUCAUUAACAGCACAAACCUACUUAUCUUUAGAGGAGAUCCAAGAACCCAAGAGUGCAGUUUCUUUUCUCCCCCCUGAAGAAUCAACAGACCCAUCUCUGUCUACUGAAAAGAAACAGCCACUGGACCACAGAGAAGCUGAAAGACGGUGGUUACUCAGAAGGCGGAGAUCUAUUCUGUUUCCUAAUGGAGUAAAAAUGUGCCCGGAAGAAAGUGUUACAGAGGCUGUGGCAAACCAUGUGAAUUAUUUUAAAGUCCGAGUGUGUCAAGAAGCUGUCUGGGAAGCCUUCAGGACUUUUUGGGAUCGACUUCCUGGGCGUGAGGAAUAUCAUUACUGGAUGGAUAUGUGUGAGAAUGGAACCACAAGUAUAUUUGAAAUUGGAACAAAUUUUAGUCAGUCUGUUGAACAUAGAAGCUUAAUUAUGAAGAAACUGACUUACGCAAAGGAAACUGUAAGCAGCCCUGAAUUAUCAUCUCCAGUCCCUGUUGGUGAUACCUCAACAUUGGGAGGUGCUGCUGUCAGUGUUUUGUAUCCAGAGGCGGCCUCCUUUGAAGGUGCUUCAGAGAGCAGCUUGGAAAGGCCAGAGGAGAGUAUUAGCAAUGAAAUUGAGACUGUGAUAGAAGAACCCACAAAGCCAGCAGCUGAACAGAUUGCAGAAUUCAGUAUCCACCUUUUGGGGAAGCAAUACAGGGAAGAACUACAGGAUCCCUCCAGCUUCUACCACCAGCACCUUGUAGAAGAGUUUAUUUCAGAGGUUGCAAAUGCAUUCACUGGGUUACCAGGCUACAAGGAUAUUCGUGUACUUGAAUUUAGGUCUCCCAAGGAAAAUGGCAGUGGCAUUGAUGUUCAGUAUGCUGUUACUUUCAAUGGCCAGGCCAUCAGCAAUACGACCUGGGACCUAAUUAGCCUUCACUCCAACAAGGUAGAAAACCAUGGCCUUGUGGAAUUGGAUGAUAAACCCACUGCUGUUUAUACAAUUAGUAACUUCAGAGAUUAUAUUGCCGAGACACUGCACCAGAAUUUUUUGCUGGGGAACACCUCUUUGAAUCCAGAUCCUGACUCCCUUCAGCUUAUCAAUGUGAGAGGAGUUUUGCUUCCCCAAGCUGAAGAAGUUUGGAACGCCCAAAGCUCAAGUCUUCAGGCAACGCCAUCCUCUAUUCUGGAUAAUACUCUUCAAGCUGCAUGGCCCUCAGCAGAUGAAUCCACCACCAGCAGUGUUUCACCACUUGAUUUCAGCUCUGGUCCUCCCUCAACCACUGGCAGGGAACUGUGGUCAGAAAGUCCUUUGGGUGAUUUAGGGUCUACACGCAAAUUAGCCUUUCCCUCGAGGAUGGGCCUCAGCUCUCCCCCAGAGGUUUUAGAGGUUAGCAGCUUGACUCUUCAUUCUGUCACCCCAGCAGUGCUUCAGACUGGCUUGCCUGUGGCUUCUGAGGAAAGGACUUCUGGAUCUCACUUACUAGAAGAUGGAUUAGCCACUAUUGAAGACUCAGAAGAUUUUCUUCCUAUCCAUCCAUUGCCUUCAAUUCCAUUCACUCAACCUGUGCCAAAAGAAACAGUACCAUCCAUGGAAGACUCUGGUGUGUCCUUAACAUCCUCACCAUAUCUGACCUCCUCUGUCACAUUAGAUCUUCUUGCUAAGGAAAUAACUGCACCUUCUGGCUUGGACUCCUUGACCUCCAAAGUCAAAGACCAAUUAGAAGUGAGCCCUUUGCUGCCAGACACAUCCAUGGAAAAAGACUUCAUAUUUGAGAGUGGUUUAGGUUCAGGGUCUGGGCAAAAGGCAGAUGUGAUUACUUGGCCAUGGAGUGAGAUUUCAUUAGAGAAGAGCACUGAACCUCUGUCCAAGUUAUGGCCUGAAGAUGAGGAUUCACUUUUGCCAGCUGAAGGUGAAGAUGAGAAACUAGUGACUGCAACUCAAUCUGCAUCUCUAACUCUCCCCAGGCACACAUCAGAGGUACCUGACAUUUAUGAUUACUCAGUUACUGAAGCCCCUCUUCUACUGGCACCUGUAGCAAUCUCUGCUUCUACUGAUAAGCCUGAUCAAGUAGACACCUUCCUAAGGGAGGAUAUGGAACAAACUACAGAGUCAUUCAACCAAGAACAGCUUGACAGCAAGGUUUCCGUGGUGGAGCCAGACAUGCAACCUUUGUGGACUGUAUUGCCAGAAUCAGAUACACUUUGGGCAAGAACUUCUUCCUUAGGGAAAUUGUCCAGAGACACAUUGGCAAGUACACCACAGAGUACUGACAGACUCUGGUUGAAAGCUUCCAUGAUGCAGUCUACUAAAUUUCCUCCAACCACAAGCUCCACCCUGCUGGAAGAUGAAGUAAUUAUGGGCGUACAGGAUAUUUCAUUAGAACUGGAUGGGGUAGACACAGAUCACUAUCAGCCUGAGCUAAUCCAAGAGCAAAAUGGCAAGGUUAGUAGUUAUGUGGAAAUGUCUACAAAAGCUCACCCCACAGAGGUGGCUAGUGUGGCUUGGCCAACAAAAGGAGCUGACUUGAGUUAUACGCAGACUGGAGGAGCGUUGGUAGUUUUCUUCAGCCUCCGAGUGACAAACAUGAUGUUUUCAGAAGAUCUGUUUAAUAAAAACUCUUUGGAGUAUAAAGCCCUGGAGCAAAGAUUCUUAGAAUUGCUGGUUCCCUAUCUCCAGUCAAAUCUCACAGGGUUCCAGAACUUAGAAAUCCUCAACUUCAGAAAUGGCAGUAUUGUGGUGAACAGCCGAAUGAAGUUUGCCAAUUCUAUCCCUCCUAAUGUCAACAGUGCUGUAUACAUGAUUCUGGAAGACUUUUGCACCACUGCCUACCAAACCAUGAACUUGGCUAUUGAUAAAUACUCCCUUGAUGUGGAAUCAGGUAAUGAAGCCAACCCAUGCAAGUUUCAGGCCUGCAAUGAAUUUUCCGAGUGUCUGGUCAACCCCUGGAGUGGAGAAGCACAGUGCAGAUGCUACCCUGGGUACCUGAGUGUGGAAGAACUGCCCUGUCAGAGUCUCUGUGACCUGCAGCCUGACUUCUGCUUGAACGAUGGGAAGUGUGACAUUAUGCCUGGACAUGGGGCCAUUUGUAGAUGCAGAGUGGGCGAGAACUGGUGGUACCGAGGAGAGCACUGUGAGGAGUUUGUGUCCGAGCCCUUGGUCAUAGGCAUCACCAUAGCCUCUGUGGUUGGACUUCUUCUCAUCUCUUCUGCGGUCAUCUUCUUCCUCAUCAGAGCUUUCCAAGCACAGAACAUCAGGAGAGAAAGAGAGAGACCCCUCAGGCAGCCUGACAGCCUCUCAUCCGUUGAGAAUGCUGUGAAGUACAACCCCGUGUAUGAAAGCAAUGGGGAAGGAGGUGAGCAGUAUGAGGGGCCCUAUCCUCAGCAUCCCUUCUACAGCUCUGCGGUCGGAGAGAUGAUUGGUGGCCUGAGCAGAGAAGAAAUCAGACAGAUGUAUGAGAGCAGUGAGCUUUCCAAAGAGGAAAUUCAAGAGAGAAUGAGAAUUUUGGAACUGUAUGCCAAUGACCCCGAGUUUGCAGCUUUUGUGAGAGAACAUCAAAUGGAAGAGCUUUAACCAAAACUCCUAUUUUGAAACUAUUAGAAGCCUGGAGAAGAUGGAGAUUACUUGUUACCCAUGUCAUAUAAUUAACCUGGAUUUUCAACACUGUUGGAAGAAGAGUUUUCUAUUAAAAAAAUUAAAUGCAGGGUAUACUUUUUUUUACAGCUUAUAAUUUCAGAAUGUAGUAAGAGAUGUGACCAUUUUUAUUUCCACAAAGACCGAAAGCUGUGUUUAAUGAAAUGAAAAACU